AUGGAGACCGAGUCCGGGCCGCAAACAUCAAAUCAGACGCAAACAGAUUCAUUAUCUCCAUCCCCUAAUCCUGUGUCACCUGUGCCUUUGAAUAACCCAACAAGUGCCCCAAGAUAUGGAACAGUGAUCCCUAAUCGCAUCUUUGUAGGAGGAAUUGACUUUAAGACAAAUGAAAAUGAUUUAAGAAAAUUUUUUUCCCAGUAUGGGUCUGUAAAAGAAGUGAAGAUUGUAAAUGACAGAGCUGGAGUGUCCAAAGGGUAUGGUUUCAUCACUUUUGAAACACAAGAAGAUGCACAAAAAAUUUUACAAGAGGCUGAAAAACUUAAUUAUAAGGAUAAGAAACUGAACAUUGGUCCAGCAAUAAGAAAACAACAAGUAGGAAUCCCUCGUUCCAGUAUAAUGCCAGCAGCUGGAACAAUGUAUCUAACGACUUCAACUGGAUAUCCUUACACAUAUCAUAAUGGUGUUGCUUAUUUUCAUACUCCAGAGGUAGCCUCUGUCCCACCACCUUGGCCUUCACGUUCUAUAUCUAGUUCCCCUGUGAUGGUAGCUCAGCCAGUUUAUCAGCAACCUGCAUAUCACUACCAGGCCCCUGCACAGUGUCUACCAGGACAAUGGCAGUGGGGUGUUCCUCAGUCUCCUGCCUCGUCUGCUCCAUUCUUAUACCUGCAGCCUUCUGAUGUUAUUUAUCAACCAGUGGAAAUUGCACAAGAUGGUGGAUGUGUUCCUCCUCCUCUAUCUCUGAUGGAAGUUCCAGAGCCUUAUUCUGAUCAUGGCGUUCAAGCAACAUAUCACCAGGUUUAUGCUCCAAGUGCCAUUGCUAUGCCUGCACCUGUGAUGCAGCCUGAACCAAUUAAAAUAUAUGAAGUCUUCAAGCAGUUCCACUCACAUAGAACAGUUUGUCUUCACUUCUCUAUUUUCCCUGAGAGUACCAGAGCAUAUUGCCAAUGA